GUACACUUGACAGUAAAAGCUACAUUUACUAUGAGUUUAACGUUUCUUCUACUAUUCUACAAAUGAAUGUCAUAAACAGUGGUUAUGUCGAUCCAAACAACCUGAAGUUUGAAGAAAUCAAAAUACUGGGAGUGCUUCAGGAAAUAACACAACUUACUGUCUCUCAGAACAAUGUUCCGCAAAAUUCUUCACAUAAUAUCACCUACUAUCCUUCAGAUAAGGUUGUUCAUAUAACAGGACUUCAGCUUGAACUGGGAAAAUCCUACACACUGCGAUGGACUCAACAGUCAAGUAUCAAUGAAAGGUUUGAUUGUUAUCCCAAUCAGGAUCCAACAAAAGAAAAAUGUGAACAACUUGGCUGUGUCUGGGAGCAGUCACCAUCAAACCCAGAUAGUCCAUCCUGCUAUUACAGCUCCGACAACUCUUACUCUGUUGAUGGAGUAGAAUACUCCUCAUCAGGUUUGGUAGCCAACCUGACCUUAAACAGCACCAAUGCCAGAGCUAAUGAGAAUUACCUGGCACCAAUUGGUACACUGCGCUUGGAGGUUAAAUAUCAUAGCAACCACAUGCUGCAAUUUAAGAUUUAUGAUUACCAGAAUGCACGAUAUGAGGUUCCUAUACCAUUAAAUCUCCCAAGCUCCCCAGUGAACACAACUGAGGACCUACUCUAUGAAGUAUCAGUUCAGAGAAAACCAUUUGGUAUACAGGUUCGGCGCAAAAGCACAGGGACAGUCAUCUGGGAUUCACAGCUGCCUACCUUCACAUUCAGUGACAUGUUCAUUCAGAUUUCUACCCGUUUGGCAUCCCAAUAUAUAUAUGGAUUUGGAGAAACCGAGCACACCAUGUUUCGACGCAACAUGAGCUGGCACACCUGGGGAAUGUUCACAAGAGACCAGGCUCCUACAGUAAGUAGAAAUGAACCUAAUGUGCAGAGAUGUUCAACA